CCACUCCAGUGUAAAUCAUCCAAAAAGCAUUCAGUCAAUCAGUCGGUCGGUCCACACUAGCUCCUCUAGUAUCGUUCCUCUCCUCUUCAAGCCAACCCGAGAAAAUGCGACCCAAAUCAGACAACCCACAACCCCAAGCCACCGGCGACUCCUCCGCGUCGUCCCUCUCUUCCGCCACCACAAACUCCAUAGAUCCAAUCUACCACAUCCUCCGCAUCCUGCCAUUCUCGUUCCUGCGUCCACCGCGCCUCCGCCUGAAACUCCCCUCCCUCUCCCUCCCAUCCCCAAACCUAGUCUUUGCCUUCGUCCUCCUAACCUAUUUCAUGGUCGUCUCGGGAAUCGUGUACGACAUCAUCGUGGAGCCCCCAGGGAUCGGGUCAAUGCAGGACCCUUACACCGGCGCCGUACGACCCGUUGUUUUCAUGUCCGGACGCGUUAACGGGCAGUACAUCAUCGAGGGAUUGUCAUCCGGCUUCAUGUUCCUUCUUGGAGGCAUCGGGAUCAUACUUCUUGACCUCGCCCUUGACCGUAACCGCCCUAGGACGGUCAAGUCCUCCUAUGCUGCCGCCGGUAUCUCCUCCGUCGUCCUUGCUUACGUCAUGAGCAUGCUCUUUGUCCGUAUCAAGAUCCCUGCUUAUCUCAGAUGAAUUUAUAAAUUAAUGAAUUAACUAAUUAGCUUUUUAUUGUUUUUUCUUUCCGGAUUUCUGCAAUUUCUGACGAUAUGGUGAAUUCGCAUGGUUUUAUAGUGACUGGAUCUGAGAUUUUUGGUGGUUGUUUCUCUUCUGUUAUAUGUACUUUGGUUAGUUUGAUA